GGUUUCACCUUAAAAUGGGAUUACAGGCACUUCCGAUGGAAAUUAUUUUUCCCAUUCUUGCAAUCUUUGGAAUUCCUGCGAACCUGAUGACAAUGUUGAUUCUUUCUCAAGAGAAGUGCGGACUUUCCAGAGGAAUCACUCGUUAUAUGACUGCCAUGGCAACAUGAGAUCUGAUGGUCAUUGUCUUCAAUGUGAUUGUGAGCCAAAUCAUUAAUUAUCAUUUCCCGAGCUCGCUGCUGAACUACACUCCUGUCUGCAGACUCAGUGCUUUCCUGCAAGGGCUGAGCAUCCAACUCUCCACCUGGUUUACCACAGCCUUCACCUUUGACCGCUUUGUAGCAAUUUGCCUCAACAAAUUAAAGAUGAGAUAUUGCACUGAAAGAAUGGCCAACGUGGUCAUAUGCACCAUAACUGUGCUUAUCAUUUUGGUCAACAUUCCCUUGUCUUUUCGCUACAAAUCCACUUACAUUCUUAACAAAGUGCAGUGGGGCUGCCAGACCAUUACUGGUUACCUGACUUCACCGAUUUGGGCUGCUCAUCGGUGGGUGACCAGUUUCUCAAGCACAUUUCUUCCUAUUCCCCUGUUCCUGUUGUUGAAUUCUCUUACUGCCCGGCACAUCCUAGUAGCCAACAGAGCUCGCCGAGCCCUGAAGAGUAGCAGCAGUGAUGGCGUUGGGAAGCUGAGCAGCGACCAUGAACUGAAGAGUAGGAGGACCUCCAUUGUUUUGCUUUUCACCAUCUCUGGGAGCUUUGUAGUGCUGUCGGUGCCCAUCUCUGUCAUCCACAUUUGUGUCGGCUUCACCAGCCUUCUGGCUUACCAAGGUUCAACCUCAUUCUCUUUGGCACUUAGGGCAACGUUCCUGCUGAUGUGCACCAGCUCCUGCACAAACACUUGUAUUUACACACUGACCCAAAGGAGAUUCAGAGAGGAGAUGAAGAAUCUGGUGAAAUCUCCCUAUUCUCUGCUGCGUAAGCUACACAAAUAAUUUAUAUUUGCCGGGCGAGGUGGUGAUCAAGUGAUAAUCUCAGUGGGUCAGUAAUCCUGAAGCCGAACCUAUCAACCCAUGAACACAGUUUCAAAUCAUGUCUUGCCAAUUAGUGAAAUUCCCAGUCAAUAAAAAUCUCACAUAACGGUGAUUAUGUAGCCAAUCAUAAUUAUCAAGUCUGAAGGUUAAUUGUCAUCUCAGAGUUCAUGCCCUUCAGGGAAGGUUUUCUACCCUCUUUGUCCACACACGUGAAAUCAGGCCCACAGCCAACUGCUCAAGAGAUGCUUACUGAGUUGGUAAUGACCAUGUCUCCAACUGUAGAAAAUACAUUUGGACAUCAUUUGUUUUUAUAAUUUUCAAUGUAACACAUUUGAUCGUAAACGCUUGGGCUAAGCUCCACCUGCUCCAGCAUUGCAGUAUAAUAUACAUGACCAGGCUGGUUCAAAUAUCAGCAGAUGCUGGGACUUCCAGUAAUUUUACACCAUACCUUAGUGAGACCACAAUUGCAGAGUUUGAUCGGUUUUCACAGUUUGGCUGUCAUACAGAUUGUGUUGAAGAGGUUCCCACCCUGCCUUGUUCACUCACAGAAUGAGGGUUGGGCCAGCAUCCCCAGAGGGCGGUCCAGAGUAAACCACAUUUAGCCAGGCCAGGUGAGGAUGAAUAGAGAGUAAAAUUUCAAUCUUUGAAAAGAGGUUUAGACAGAUUCUUGAAUAGGAAAGCUUCAGUGGGAUAUGGGCCAAAUACUUGCAAAUGAAACGAGUUUAGUUUUGGCAACCAGAUUGGCAUGGAGGAGUUGGACUCUAGGGCCUUUUUCCGUGCUAUAUGACAUUCUGACGUUAUGACUGCUCUUGUCUCUGUGUAGUUGUGAAUGAUGUGGAACAUUAUGCAAUGAACAACAAUAACAGCAUCAACAAAAUCUGACAUUUUGACCUUACGGUGGUGAGAAGGUCAUUGACAAACCAGCUUCAACUGCUGGAAUCUGAUAACUCAAUCAUUUGGCCAAGCGAUUUUAUGGAAAUCUGAAGUUAGAUUAAAAAAUUAGAAUGGUUCUGUUGGUUAGUCUCGAAAGAAUUUCCUUCCACACUGAUUAGUGUGAAAUAUCCUACCCAUCCUCAGUGUGACUGACGAGCACUGCAGUAAAAUGCAAGAAGGAAUGCACAGACUGUUCGGAGGCGUGGAAUAGACAAAUGAAAACUAUGGCAGAAAAUCUGAAGAAAUGGACUUGAUGAGGGACAAUGGCAACAAGGCAAGCAUUUACCAUAGUUCUAGAUCCAUAUUGCAUUUUACAGCAAUAUGACUUAACAAUCUUUUCAUAAGUGGUACUUUGGGAAUUCAUGAUGAUAAUACGACUGGAUUCCACAUUAAGCUUGAGAGAGUCUUAAUGAGUCGAAUGCAAAACCUUAAACUUGUAUUUGAACAAAGCCAAUUGUAUGCAU